AUGUCAAAACAAGAAAACGUUCAGGCCUCACCCUCUCUACACCCUGGACUCAAUUUACGACUCCACGGUUUCCCAAGGGGUUUAGAGAACGUAUACGAAUAUGAACCCGGCGGCCACCAUCCAGUCCACCUGGGCGAUCGAUUUGGAGAGCAGAGAAAAUAUAAAGUCAUUCAUAAACUCGGCAGUGGAGGCACCGCAAAUGUUUGGCUGUGUCGUCAGAUUCUGGGCCCAAUUCCUACAUAUGUGGCGCUCAAAAUCAUCAUGGCUGAGUACUCUGACGAUAACUGCCAUGAACUAAAGGUCAAUAAGGUGGCCCAGUUAAAGAUUGAUAAUGAUUCAAUAUGCCUGCCACUGGAUCAGUUCAAAAUUACGGGUCCAAAUGGAGAGCACUGGUGUUUUGUCUACCCUCUUGCUGGGCCAGCAGUUUCUGCUAUUGAGCAUGUAUUUACAGAUCAUGAUAGGACACUGCGGAGGAUUGCUUUUCAAACUGUUAAGGCCUUGACUGCAUUACAUGAUCAUGGCAUCUGUCAUGGAGAUAUGACACCAAAAAAUGUACUUCUCCGGGUAACUGGUCUUAACAGCCUCUCUGAAGAAGAAGUGCUUAAGAUAUUAGGCACACCAAAGACAUUUAAAGUCACUACUAAGUCCGGAGAGACACCACCAGAAACAGCACCGAAAUACCUUGUUGUUCCUAUCAAGUUCCGGAAUAUAGACCUUCAGUUUUUAAGCGAUAAGAUAUACAUCAUUGAUUUUGGCGAAUCUUUCAAUAUAUCAGAAUCAGAUCCACCAGGUGAAGGGAAAAAACCCAGCCCUGGAAGUGACCUAUGGGCGCUUGCAUGCACACUAUUCAGCAUUCGAACUGGAAGGAAGCUAUUUAACAUGUUCGACGAUGACCCUGAUGAAUAUCUUUAUCUGAUGGUUAUAUUCUUUGGAAUUCUGCCAGAGCCAUGGUGGUCAACGAGCUGGGAAUUCCGCCGGAAGUGUUUCAAAGAUGAGCCGGAUUCUGAAGGGCGUGCGAUAGAAUUAGACCCCAACUCAAACAAGCCCGAGGGGGUUGAAGCUCGAAUUGAAACGGGAUUCAGGUAUGAGGCUUGGCCGACUCCGGGCAAACUUGAAUAUGUGAAACGGGAGAUCUCGCCAGAGGAAGUGAAGCUCUUUAGUGAUCUUUUGAGGCGGUUAUUCCGGUUUAAACAAGAGGAACGGUUAUCGGCAAAGGAGGUACAGGGGCAUAAAUGGUUCAGCCUGGGUACAUAG